GUAGGAUCUAGCAGUAGUAUGUAGCAGUAGCAUGUAGUGUGCGAGCGGGCAAUUCGGACACAGCAUCUGUUUCGCUGCCUGUCAAAUCAUCCGCCAAACUCGCGAACCAUUUCUUAAAUCAGUCACGUGGUACAGCCGGGUAGCGAGGCUACGUGAUCAAUUUUUUGCUCCACCAACGCCCCCUUCAUUACUCGUCACACGCUUCGAAGCCUCGGCACACCACUAGAACAAUACUGUUUUUUUUCCGUCUGGUAAGAAACAAAUGAUGAAUACAUGCAAAACUCUGUAUGGAUGAGGUGGUAAGCUUAGUUUAAAAUAAGUAAAAUGGCUUUUUAACUGUUAUGGUCUGUUUAAGUCGGAAAAAAGAUCAUACAAUUCAAUUCAAUUAAACUUUAUUAAUAUGGCACUUUUCAUACAAAAGGAGAUGCAAUUCAAAGUGCCUCACAGAGGCUAAAAACAACAAUAAAGACAAAAACCCAACCUUUCCACACACCCAUGGACCCACAUGCACGCAGAGACAUCCACCCACCCUCACAAACACACACACACAACCGCACACAGUGUGAGAAUUUAAAAUAAAAUUUUAAAGAGACAUGGCCUGACACCGAGACAUUACAUAAGGGACGAGCUACCUUUAGGAAACAUUGCAGAUAUAAUCUCUUGCUUUGAUCAUUUCUAGACUUUGAUUUAGGCAUAAUGUCCCAGUGAUCAUGAUUAAACUUUAUUUACUGUGGUUCUAGGAGCUGCGGCCUGAAAUGAUGCUAACUGAUCUGAUAUUUUUGUGAUGAUGAGUCUUCAAACCUGAACAUACUGUAUGUUCACAAGUGUCUGCUUUGAUUUGGAUUCACAUCUGCAGAACAAAGACCUGAAUGUUGGUCUACUCUGAGUUGUCUUUAGUUCUGUGUAAAUCUGAAUGUUGUUCUGAGUGGUCUUCAGCUCUGGGAGGAGGAGGAGGAAGACAGUAAGGGGUGUGUGUCCCAGUCCUUUGCUUCUGGAUUUCUACCACUUUGAGGGACUUCGAGAGACAACAUUGCAAACAUCUGGUUUUCACUUUACCUGAGAGGGAUAAUAUAAUGUACAGCAGAUUCUGAUCCUGUUUUUAUGGUUCUGAUUGGGAGCAUAAGCGAGCCUGUUAUCAUUCCAAAAAUAGCUCCAGUCUGCUCCUAUGAAUAACAGCAGAGCUGGCAGUGGGAGGUUUGGUCAGAUUUCUCUGCUGCUUGAACAUGUAGUUCAGAAAUGAGUUUUUGUUUCCCACCCUUUUCUUAUGAAGGACUGAGCCGAAUGAUAAAACCGGUUUUGUUUUUUUUAGAGGAAUUGUUUAGGUUGGAACUGGCUUAUGAAAAAGUAUAACUAUUGUGAAUAUUGACCCUUUUUUCAAUUUCAAGUAAAAAGUGAACUGUGAGUAAUUCUGCCUCUGUCAUUGGCCUGAAAGUUGAUUCAUCAUAUUUAAUAAUAAUAUUUAAUAUUGUUAAUAUUUAUAUUUUUUUUAAACUUCAAGUAAGAAGUGAACUGUGAGUAAUUCUGCUUCUGUCAUUGGCCUGAAAGUUGAUUCAUCAUAGUUAAUAUUUUGGAAAAGGGGUCAAGAAAAAUGAGUCAGUCAUUUUUCACUGAUGAAAAAAACAGCAACACGAAUGUUAUGGUUUUUCGUUAUUUGCUGAUGUUUUAAAAAAACUUUGCUGAGAUGUUUAUAUUUUAAUCUGGGGCCAAUGAUCUGGUUUUUAGCAAUUACACACAGUCGUGAUGCUUCUGAGGUUGAUGUCAACACAAAACACUACAACGUCAAGCUCUGUCAACUGUACAUUAGCUGAUCCUAAUCCAGCUGACGGUUAUGUCUUAUUUGCAUCAAACAGGCAAAUUAAAAAGCAGGUACCCAGCCUGCCUUCUUCUCCUGCUUCCACCCCAGCCCUUCUCUUUAAUAAUGCUGUCUGAUUUUACCAGUCUCAUUUAAACUGACAAUCAUUGCUGCUCUGUUCUGGACCCUGGAGGGUCUUUGCUGCUGCUCUCCUCGGCCCAAACUCUGGUAUCCUACGUGUGUAAGAGGAAGAGCAGGGAUCUCUCACUGCAUACGAAUCAUGUUCUUUGACUGACAAAGUCCAGAGUGAACUACGGAUAAAGAAGCUGGGCUUUUAAUUUGUAAACACCUUUUGAAUUUGUAAAAUCAGACACUGCAGAAUUGUGAAAACUAAUGACUCUCAUCUCUGUCUAUUCACACUGUCACUGUCUCCUGCCUGUGUCUCUUCUUCUCAUUCAGCAGGUGAAUCCUUAAACAUGACCUCUCCAGAAAUCGCCUCUCUCUCCUGGGGACACAUGAAGGUGAAGGGAUGCUCCACCAACUACAAGGACUGUAAGGUUUGGCCCGGAGGCAGCAGGGCCUGGGACUGGAGAGAGACUGGGACUGAUGUGAGCGAAACUGGAACCCAAGCACCCAGAACAUUACGGAAAAACUACAACUCAAACAUUGAUGCAUGUGCUCACACAGUUUUAUAAUUUUUCCACUCAGCAUUACCCAGGGGUCCAACCUGCUGACCUGGAGGAGGUGCUGAAGAAGGGAGUGGACCUGCUGGUUAUUGGCAGAGGCAUGAGUGAAGCUCUGCAGGUAAGACAUCUCUAAAGCUGUGCUUUUAUUCAGACUUCACAGCUUUGAGAAAUCCCUGUGAGUCAAGUACAGUAGAAAAGUCCCCACCCCCACGUGCUUUUGUUUGUGCUCUCAUCUUUCUGUCAGGUCCCCUCGACCACUGUGGACUUUGUGAAGCAGAAAGGUGUUGAUGUCAGAGUCCUGCAGACGGAGAGGGCUGUCGCUGAGUACAACAAACUGGCUGGCCAGGGUGCAAAGGUGGGCGGGGUCUUCCACUCCACUUGCUGAUGAGGUUGCCCUCAGGUUGCUGCACCGGCUGCAUGAUUGGCAGAAGAUGGAGUAGGCUGCAUGACAGACUGAUCUCCACCCACUACACUAGAUCUGGCUCAGUUAGAGAAAACCAAUACAGAAGGUCAAUUCCUGAAUCUGAGACAUUGAAUGCUU